UAUUGACGAUUCAAUCAUUUGUACGCGAAGCCAACCAUACUCGCCGGAAACCGAAGAAAAAAGGGGCGGAGCAAAUCGGAACGAUGGGAGAAGCCAAUACAUCAUCAAUCGAUGAAGAUUUACUCCUCAAAAGCUUCUACGCUGAAGUCAGUGAGGUUGAACGCGAUAAUGAAGUCAUUAGGAUUCUUUCAUGCUUUAAGCUAAAUGCGUUUGAGUAUCUUAAUCUACCAUUUGAUUCAUCUCCAGAAGAUGUGAAAAAGCAAUAUCGUAAGAUAUCUUUGUUGGUUCAUCCUGACAAAUGCAAGCAUCCCCAGGCAAAAGAAGCUUUCUCUGCCCUAGCAAAAGCCCAACAACUAUUACUUGAUCCACAAGAAAGAGAGUAUCUUGUGAACCAGAUUAAUGCAGCAAGAGAAGAACUUCGAGCAAAGAGGAAAAAACAACUGAAGAAAGACACUGCAUCUAAGCUGAAGUCACUAGUAGAUGAGGGAAAAUAUGAGCAAGAAUAUGAAAAAUCAGAUGAGUUUCAACAGCAGCUAAAGUUGAAGGUUCGGGAAAUACUAACUGACCAAGAAUGGCGAAGGCGGAAAAUGCAGAUGAGGAUUUCUGAGGAGGAAGGCAGAUUGAAGAAAGAUGAGGAAGAAACCAAAGAGAUGUGGAAACGGAAACGUGAACACGAGGAGCAGUGGGAAGGAACAAGGGAAAAUAGGGUUUCUAGCUGGAGGGACUUUAUGAAAGGGGGAAAGAAGGUGAAAAAGGGUGAACUUCGACCACCGAAGCUGAAGACAGAAGACCCCAACAAGUCUUAUGUUCAAAGGCCGGUGAAGCGAGGUUAGGUGGGCUUACAAAAGCCAAACUCUACUGAAGUAUGUAACUCUCUAAUUGAUUUAGUGGUUGAAUACAAAACCUUGUAACUUUUUUAUUGUUAUCUACUAUCUUGCAGCCCACCCAGUAUAAGAGCAUUGUAUAUUUUGCAUUUUGUUCUGUUGUAGUUAAACACCACCCAAAUUAAAGUUUUAUUAUACCUUGAGUUAGUUUCAACUC